AUGGCCACAAAUUUUCACACAAAGUGUUGCGAUGAAAUUGUUUUCGAUCACAAGAACGUGGUGGUGGCGUGCGAUUUGAACAACGGCAAGGUGGUUCACGUCGACGUCAGCAGCGAAUUAAUGGGCCACGUGUUCGCCGGCGAUGAGAUAUUGACCGUCAACGGCGAAGGGAACAUCAAAACCACAUCCGAUUUCAAUAAGGCGAUCGUUUCCAAGGCGCCGGGCAAAAUUAAAAUCGAAUUGAUGCGCGACGAUCAUUGUCUCGCCGAGGAGAAGAUUCUACCACCACGGCGACCCAACACCCAACUCACGGAGGUGAGCUUGAAGUACCGAGGCGGCGCGGCGACGGGAAUCAUCAUUCAUCGGAUGUCGUCACACCCAACCACUGUCACCAUUUCCAUGGUGCAAUCGGCGUCGAGCGCGUGCAAAUUCGUCAAAUCCGGCGACAUUCUCGUCAAAGUCAAUGACAUCUAUGUGAUGGAUCGCGACGCGGCGCGAAAGCUUCUCUAUGCGAGUGUGAACAACGCGAAAUCGGUGGUUUUGACACUCGAGCGUUCCACCAAUGAUCAGCCGAUCGGACCGUCGCCGCCGCCGCCCGACGGCGCCAAAACCACUGGCGGCGUGAUGAAGUCGAUCAUGGGAUCGGCACCGGUCUCGCCGGCGUCUGUUAUUUCACCAUCGAUGAUGGCGGCGCCGAAGAUCAACAAUGUCAACAAACAAUAUGAUGUGAGCCUUCCGGCCGACGUCAUCGAGAUAAUGAAGGCGAACAAGGAUUUUUUCAAGAAGAAGUGCCCAAAUCCGCCGUGCCUCAUCAAAAUCAAAUCGGCCGCGUCGACAAGCGCCGCUUCGAUGACCGCCGAUCAGCCAGAAGUUGCGAUUCCAUGCGAUCCGUCGCCGAAACCGCUUCGUGUCACACCGAAACGCGUCGGUUCUUGA